AUGACUGAUCCAGCAUGUUUUGCUGCAUUCUCCACAAUUGGUAUCAAUAUUACACUGAUAAAGCUAACGUCUGUAAGGAAGACUGCUAAACCCAAAUGGAUCCCAUUUGAAUCAAAAAUCGGGUUUAAGCUCUUUGAGAUUAAGUCUUUCUUCAACGACACAUCCACCAAUUAUGCAAACGUCCCGAUUACAUUUCGCUUCGGAGCGGGGAUUGAAGCUUGUGAUGUAUUGGCUAUGAGAAGCUCUUACGAGUUCGAACCCGAAUGGUUGAAACUCAUGGAAGAGAUUCACAUGAAACCCGUUAUACCAAUCGGCCAAUUGCCCUCUAGUGCGUAUGAUGAUAGUUUCGAUGAAACGUGGUAUACAAUGAAAGAGUCAAAGUGGCUUGACAAGCAGUCUAAUAAGUCCGUGGUCUAUGUUGCAUUCGGAGGCGAUACAAAGCCAAGUCAAACCCAACUUACAGAGAUAGCUUUUGGGUUAGAACUAUCCGAGUUGUCAUUUUUUUGGGUUUUGAGGAAUCGGCGUGGUGUGGAUGACACUGAGGUGACCGAGUUACCAGAUGGGUUCGAGGAGAGAACCAAGGAACGAGGAGUGGUUUACACUAAUUGGGCGCCUCAACUCAAGAUACUGAGUCAUGACUCGGUUGGUGGGUUUUUGUCUCACUCUGGGUUGAGUUCGGUGGUUGAGGCUUUACAGUUCGGGCAGUCUCUCAUUUUGUUGCCUUUCAUGGCGGACACGGGGUUGAUCGCUAGGCAUUUGGAAGAGAAGAAGAUGGCAUGUUUGGUACCCAGAGACGACCGAGACGGGUCGUUCACAAGAAACUCGGUGGCUGACACACUGAGAUUAGUCAUGGUUGAGGAAGAAGGGAGGAUAUACAGGGACAAGGUUAAAGAGAUGAGUGGGUUGUUUGGUAACAGGGCUAUACAAGACAAAUACGUGAAUAAUUUUGUGGAUUACCUGAAGAAGCAUAGACCAGAGCUAGCUCAAGAGGAAUAA